UUCCGACGUAGCCUGUGGACGUGCAUUUGCUCACUUUACCACACAUUCUAAACAGCUUUGGUACAUGACUGAACAAGGACCUCGUAGAUCCUUGGACCAGAACAAGGAUGCUCAGAUUGCAGCCGUUUUGGUAGUAGGAUUUCACCAUGCUUAUGGCCCUAUCUUGGAGUUUUGCUAUCCGCCACUUCCCCAGCGUCAGGGUCAGGAUCCCCAAACCACACUAGAGAAGAUAGAGCUGCCUGAGGAAUGGAGUUUUCUUCCAUUCUUGGCCCUUCCAGACGGCGCACACCAAAAGGACGAAGACUUUUCUUAUUUUCAUCUGCCACCCGUCGCUGGUUGGGAGGUUGCUGAGACAACUUUGUUUGGAAUAUCGUGUAAUCGACAGAUAGCAUCUAAUGAUUUACUGGUGAAAUCGUCUGAUGUCACUCGCUCCAUCGUUCAGAAGGCGGUUGUGGUUUUGGCGCGACAACCCAUUUUUGGUCCUAUUAGGCAGAAACUCGCCGUCAUUACCGCUGCCUGGUUCAAUGAGAAGGACUUUACCAAGCUUGAUAUACUAUAUAACUUUUAUGACAACCUUAAUUUAACACAUAUUGGACCUAUUGACGACCCUACCUUGUAUAUGGGAACAUCGCUUCGAGAGCUAUGCCAAAAAUUUCGAUCCAAGACUUUGACUUUGAUAAAAUUGCUUCUACUUGAGAAACGGAUAUUAUUCUAUGGAUACCCUGUCGAGCAGCUGUGCACAUUCCAAUAUUCUCUCAUUUCGUUAAUACCAGGACUUUUGAGGACUCUUCAAGACUCAGGUGACCCAUCAUUAGACACCUCAACGGAGAACUUGGAAGUGACGGAAGCCAAGAUCCUCUCAAACGGAAAUAAAGCAAGUCUUUUGAAAUACAUGGGGCUUCCACUGCAUUUAUUUGGAAAGGGCUCAUUCUUUCAACCGUACCUACCUCUACAACAAAUUGAUAUGCUCUCUGACAAAGAUACUCAUUCGUAUCUAGUUGGCACUACCAAUCAACUCUUUUUUCAUCAAAAGACAGAGAUCAAUUUUGAUGUGCUCGUCCAUGUGGAAAAUGGAACACUUGAGUUUUUUGACCCACAAUUAGCGUCCCUUGUAAGCCAUACAACGGCUGAUCGACGGUGGAUGGAUAAACUCACUAAAGUCAUUAAUGCCACUUGGGAUCCAGCAGACCCCACUAGACCUAUACAAAAUACGUACCUGGGAUCGGAUGAUUAUUUAAGAGCACGCUUUGAAGAGUAUAUUAUGUCACUUCUAUCCAGCGUCAAGUAUGCACAGGCAUUUGAUCCUAAGAACGCCUUCAAAAGCGAAAGUACUAUGGAUGAGAUCAUGAGAGAUGAAGAAAAAGAAAAGAAUUACUUGCUUGACUAUGGAAUGAAUUGGGUCAAUGCGUGGAGAAAGACAAACAAUUACCAACUCUGGGAUGAGUUCACGGAUCACGAGAUAUACGAAAUAGUGGAGCCAGGGCACCCCGGACAAGGCAACAUGUCACUAGGUGAUUUACAGAAUUCAUUGUCAAAUCGCAUAAGAGACAUGAGAAUUCGACAAAAUCUAUCACCGCUGCGGCAGUCGCUGACAAAGGCUGUGUCGACCGGAGGAUCGAAUAUAUCGCGGGCUGUAUCUAGUGGCGGAAUCCGUUUAAUGCGAGGGGUGGAUGCAUUGUGGACCGAGUUUGAAAAAGAAGGAAAUUUCAAAAGCGAUGGAGGAAUCCAUGGCUCAAGCUGAAAAACGUAGAGAGGCAAGAUCGGAGGUAACAAAUGCUCAGCCCCAUAAAAAUGCUAUUGUUGGCAAUGAGCCUGCCGUACCAGCGACCUAUCCACCGCCACAAACGAAUGCGCAUAAGCCUUCUAUCAAAACAAAUCGAUCUGGACAACAAGGAAUAAGCAGUAGCCUUAGUUCAUCUGUAGACAGUCUCGGCAAGAAGAGUGAAGCAAACAAUGUUCAAAAUAAUAGCCUUCGAUAUGACUAGACAAUCAUGUAUGUUUCAGUACCAAGCACACCACCAAAGUAAUAUAUUUGUCCAUUUCUUUUUAAAAAUAUCAACAUUGUCUUAGCCCAUGCCAAAAUGGGAUUGUAUACACAAA